AUGGAGGAGACAGCGGUUCGCGGAGAAGAUUCAAUUGUUGAUUUGAUUUCUGCGAUUCCAGUAUCUAUGCAGUUUGAAUUGAAUGAAGAUUUUGUUGGUGAUUUACUAAACACUGAUCAAGCAGAUGUAAACAUUGACAUUGGUGGCUCGUCUUCAAGUCCAGUUGAUGAAGACUUGGUUGGUGUUGUAGUAAGUAAUAGUGAUGAAGCUUUUGAGUUAUAUAAUGGAUAUGCAUACAGAGUUGGUUUUAGUGUGAGGAAAGGUCAACAACGUUAUAAGGCAUCUACUAAGUCAAUUCAGAUGAAGAGGUUCUUCUGUGCUAAGGCUGGGUAUAAGGAGAAACCAAAUAGUGGUGUCAAGCUUUAUUCAAAAAUUGAUAUGAGGACUGGUUGUGGUGCACUUGUUCAGUUUGACGUGGGGACCGAUGGGAUGUGGACAGUUACAAAACAUGUGAAAGAGUACAAUCAUGAGUUAUGUUCAUUUGGCAAGAGUCAUCUGCUCCGUUCACAUAGAAGAGUGGGAAAUAAUCAUCUUGAAUAUUUAAAAGAUAUGAAGAAUAGUGGUGUUGCAUUGGCAGAUGGUAUGAGGUUUUUGAAACAUCAGUCAGGGGGUUCUCCAUUGGUUAGUUUUACCAAUCGUGAUGCUUACAAUUCGAUGGCUUCUGAGAGUUUGAAGUGUUUGGAUGAGACUGAUUCCAAUUCUUUGAUUGAAAUAUUUAGGAGGAGGCAAUCUAACGAGGCUGAUUUCUUUUUUGAUUUUGAAGUUGAUUUGAAUGGAAGAUUGUGUAGUUUUUUUGGAGGGAUGGUCAAAUGA